AUGGCCAGCCAUAUCAUCGGUAACCGCAACAGCACCCCAGAGGCGGCCCCCAACUCCACCUUGCGUCCGCCAUCGUCCGCCCGCAAUCUCGGCUCGCACCAGCUGCGAGCAUCGGCCGACAUGUCCGGGUUCCCCUCGCCGCUGUCCUCUCGCAGCAUGCGUCCGUCAUCGGAGGUUUUCUUCAACCAACAAUCCCAGGGUCAGAACUCGACGGAAGAUGCGCUGGACCGGGCUGCUCAGCAAUGGCUGGCGGAUAUCGAUCAGUAUGAAACAACGUUGGAGGAGAUGGCAGCCGCCACCCUCGACCAGGAUUUCAAGGAUGAGCUCAGCGCUAUCGAGCAAUGGUUCCGGGUCCUAAGUGAGGCCGAGCGGACGGCGGCACUCUACGCUCUGUUGCAGCAGACAACCCAGGUGCAGAUUCGCUUCUUCAUCCAGGUUUUGCAGCAGAUGUCGCAGAGUCAUCCCAUGUCCGGACUGCUCUCUCCCGCCAACUUUGGCGAAAAAGAUGCCAUGUCUAGCCGUCUAAGCGAUGCUAUGUCGAAACUCAAUAUGGACACCUCCCGAAGCUCCUUGGGCCGGCCCCCGCCAUCCCCGGGCGCAAAGCGCAACUCCGGCCUCGACUCCUCUACGAUUAAUGCCAUGUUCCCCGACGCUGCUGCCGCGAUCGCGAAGAAGAAGGCGGAGUUUGCUCAACAGACCGGCAAUGCUCCUCCAUCGAACCGCAACAGCGCCGUUUUUGGAGACCGUGGCUCGUUCGUUGCGCCCACCAUCUCCGCUCCUGACAACAACCCCGAUGGCCUCGGCCAGCCCCCGGCAUCGCCUUGGGCCCAGCGUGGUGGACUGUCCGACACUCAACCUCCGAUCGCUCGGCCGAAGUCAUCCUCGGGCCACCAGCCCAUGGGCCAGUUCAGCCAACCCUCUGCGUCCUCGGGCAUGCGUUCGCCUCUCCCGCAAACCGCCACGAUCCCUGCUCCCGACAUUGAGCCACCCCUGCUUUCUCCCUACAAUGUAGGAAACCACAGUUGGGCUUCGAUGACGAACACGCCCAUGACCGCAACGUUCGGCCAGCAAAACCAGCAGAACCAGAACUCCCAGGCGGACAUGGUGGCCAACGCGACUGCGAUGAAGCUGGCGGCUCUAUCUACCGUGAACAACCGGAUUGCUCUGGAUGAUGCUCGCAAAUACCGUCGCGCUCGUUCCAACGAUGGCCAGGGCAAGAACUCCAAUGCGAAUCCGACCAUCUCCCAAGGCCUGGCUAGCCCAGGCCUGCAUGGUUCGAUGGCCGGGCAGCUUCUCAAUGCCCAACAGCUGGCCGCUUUGCAGGCUCAGCAGCAGGCUGCCAUGGCCGGCCGUCGUUCCCGCCCGAACUCUCCCGGUAUCGCCAUGCAAGGCGGUGGCCUGAAUUCCAUGAACUUUACCUCGCCUCAAAACAAUGGGUUCCUGGCGGCCUACGACCCAAACAACCCGCUUAUGGGCAACGGUCUGGGAUCGUUGGGCAUUGGACAGUUCGGUCUUGGCGGUGAAGGUUACCUGUCUGACCAUUCUGAAGUCACUCGUGGACGUUCGCCGCGUGGUCGGCGUGGAAGCUCCAAACCCCCAGAGGACCCCACAGACCCUGCUCUCCUGAAGGACAUCCCCAGCUGGCUGCGAUCCCUUCGGCUGCACAAGUACACCGACAACCUGAAAGACCUCAAAUGGACGGAAUUGGUCGAACUGGACGACAAGGCCCUGGAGGACCGUGGUGUCAACGCGCUGGGUGCGCGUAACAAGAUGCUGAAGGUCUUUGACCAAGUCCGAGAUGCCCGCGCGGACGGCAAACUCGAGAAUGUUUAA